CUAACACUUUUUUCUGUAAGUACAUAAUUAUAGUGUAGACUCGCAAGUAGAUCUAGUCACUCAUAUGAAAUUACAGUAUCUAUGAGUUACUGUUGCAUGGCGAAAAGUGCUGGUAAUUUAUAAGUCUGCCUUUUCUGCAAGAAGCUAAUUAAGCUAGACUUAGUCGCUAAGGUUGCUCAACAAGCAGCAAUGUACAAGAUGCUUCAACUACUCGGCCUGUUAGUGACAGCUAGUCUCUUCUCUCCUUGCAUGGCAGAGACCUUCUAUGUCACCCCAACCCUCCCAGCCCCAGCUGGCUGUCCUCAAUUGCAACCUUGUUACACACUGGACCAGUAUGCUCACAACCAGAGUUUAUUAGCUGACUACAACAAUAUCACUCUGAUAUUUCUGGAGGGAGUUCACAAUCUCAGCUACACCUUUACUCUUUAUACUAACCUCCUGACCUUGCAGCCAGCACUUCCAAACCAGGGACAACGUCCGAAUGUUAUUGGUCGAUAUGACACUGGUCAUAAUGGUUGGCCUCUGUUUAAAAUCAGCAAAGCUUCAAAUACAUUAAUCGAAGGACUUUCGUUUGAGAAUUUUUUACUAACGCUGGGAAGUUAUGAAAUAACUCCAGUUAACGGCUCAAUAACAAUCAAAAACUCCAUUAUAUUUAGCUCUGCUCAGACCCGUGGAGGAGUCGAGGUUCAAUCAGUAAAACAUUGUCUGAUUGAGAACAGUACGAUAUGUAACUUUGACAUUGCAUUAUAUUUUCAAGGCAUCCCAAAUCUUAUGAUUGUCAAUUCCGUCAUAAGCCAUAAUGGAAUCGGUAUUUUGUCACAUCAAUCAAACAUAACGCUCAGGAACUCUUUGAUUGAUAGCAAUGAUUUUGGAGUUUUUCUAGCUGAAUUUAAUAUAAUGGCCAUGGAUAGCCUUCAUACCAUGGAUAACUGUUCUUUCACACAAAACAGAUUUGGAACAUUGUUACUGGGUGAAAAAAACCCAGUAAAAGCAACUUUCAACAACUGUACAUUUGAUAACAACAGUGGAACACCAAUCCUAGCCUACCAAAGUACCUUCGAUUUGUCAGGAGAGAAUGUGUUUUCUAACAACAUUGCAGUAAGAGGAGGUGGUCUGGCCUUGUAUCAAUCACAAGUGAUAUUUGAUUCAGGAUCGACUACAUACUUUGAGAACAAUACAGCUUUGGAGUAUGGUGGGGGGAUCUAUACUACAGGUUCAACUCUCCCUCCACAGCUAGGAGUUGCUCUGGAUAACAGCGGGUAUAAUAUAUUAUACUCUGUCAUACCUUGCUUUUAUGGGAAAUAUUAUGAUCCUAAUCAGCUAUGGUCAAGCCCUCCUCAAGUGAAGUUCUUUGGAAACAAUGCUACUUUUGGUGGAAGGGACAUCUUCGGACUAAGAGAAGCAUCAUACUACGAUGUUCUUGGAUGUUCAGUUUCAGAGAAUAGUAUCUUUCAUUUUGACAACUCAGUAUCGAGUACUUAUCGACUUGCAUCAAAUCCUUCUCGAGUGUGUUUCUGUGUAAACAAUACACCACAAUGUCAAAACCCUACAUACCUUGUAUUAAACGAGACGAGAUUUCCAGGGGAGAGCUUUGAGAUUUCCGUAGCUCUCGUGGGAUUUAACUUUAGUAGAGUAACAGGAUCUGUGUUUGCUACUGUACUGGAUAGGCAGGCUGGAAGUAUCAAUGAUAAUCAGCAUAUAAAAUCUAUCAUUGACUACGAUCAAUGCACGAUACUAAACUACACAGUAUUGUCCAACCAAACAAGCAGACUCCUUAUACUAGGCCUCUCUGUUGAAGCAUUGGUUCUUCAAGGAAAUCAAGACGAUAUAAUUAAAGAAAGUGUAAAUAACAUAUACUCCCCUAUAUGCACCGAUCGAAACAACCCAAUACCGUGUGCAGCUCUUCUCACUACGGCCAUCUUCGUUAACAUCACUGUUGAUAACUGUCCACUGGGGUUUCAGCUUAAUAAUGUUUCAGGUAUGUGCAAAUGCGACGAAAGCAAUAAGCAGUUGAAGUUAAUCUGUGAGAUUCAAAAUCACACCGGCUACAUCACCAGAGAAGGAACUGUGUGGGUGGGAAUUGACACUAAAAAGGGAACAGACCUUUACUACUGGUACCAGUACUGUCCUAGUGAAUACUGCAAUAAGUCUGUAAUAGCUGUUAACUUGACAUAUCCUGAUUCACAGUGCAGCUCCAACCGUGCUGGAAUACUGUGUGGGAGAUGUGCUGACGACUACAGCCUGCAAUUAGGAGGUGAUCGGUGCAUACAAUGUCAUGACAAUAGUUAUGUUGCUCUGUUGAUUUUGUUCGCCAUCCUCGGGAUUUUAUUGGUUGCUAUGAUUACACUCUUCGACUUCACAGUUGCCAAUGGUACCAUAAAUGGACUGAUAUUUUACGCAAAUGUUGUGUGGAUUAACAAUGCUAUAUUGUUCCCACAGCGGAGCAUUGGCUACUACAUCAUCACUGUGCCUAUAGCUUGGAUUAAUCUGGACUUUGGUAUUGAGACUUGUUUUAUUCAAAAUUUGGAUCAAAUAACUAAAAGUGGUUUACAGUUCGUGUUCCCAGUCUACAUCUGGUGCAUUGCUGGUCUCAUCAUUUUAGUUUCUCGGUAUUCCAUAAAAGCCACUCGAUUCUUUGGUAGAAACUCAGUUGCUGUUUUGUCCACUCUCAUCCUUCUAUCUUAUGGGAAGCUGUUCAGGAUUAUCACUAAUGUUUUUACUCCAUCUGACAUUAGUGGCUCUGAUGGUUCUAUUCGCAGAGUUUGGUCCCUGGAUGGAAAUGUUGAAUAUGGAGUAACACCAGGACACAUUGUCUUAAUCGUGGUGGCACUACUCUUUAUGCUAUUGUUUUGGUUGCCAUUCACUUUGACUCUCCUUCUAGUACCCUUCCUAAAAGCCAAGUCAGAUUACCGACCCCUUUGCUGGAUUAACACAUUCAAGCCAGUUUUUGAUACUUAUUACGGUCCUUUCAAAGACAAGCAACAGCAUCAAGUGUGGACGGGGAUUCUACUCAUUUCCCGUGUAGUGAUAUUGAUUGUUUUCUCAACAACCUCAACAUCCAAUCCGAAUGCUAACAUACUGGUAAUGACCAUUAUAGCCACACUCCUGCUAUUGUACACACUCAUUGUUGGCUAUCUCUACAAGCAGUGGUUUGCAUCUGUGCUUGAAGUAUUGUAUCUAAUUAACCUCAUCAUCUUAGGUGGAGCAUUUUUGUUUUAUCAAACCCAACCGGAAGAUGUCCGACAAAAGGACACCAUCAAUCCAGUGACUGCUACCUCAGUUUGUAUUGCUCUCCUGCAGUUUGCUUGUAUUAUAAUCUUCCACAUAGCCAAGACAGUCGGACCCAAGCUUCAGAGGCUCGCCAAGAAGAAGAGACAAGAAAUGGACAACACAAGCGUACAAGGAGAGGAGCUCAUACAAAGUGGAAGGUACAAAGUGACAACACAAGAAGUGACGUUGGGCAAUGCAAAGCAGCAGCAUCAACAAUAUAAUCCCACUGGUUAUAGAGAGCCACUUCUGGAUGAUGUGUAGCAAAGCACACAGAAACUGAUGUCGAGUGUGUGCAUGUAUUACAUGUAAUUAGUGAUUAGUUUGAUUGUGAUGUGCGUAAUAAACUAUGUUAAUUCUUGUAAUGGUUUGUGCUGAUUGUUAAUUUUUGAUUGAUUUUGCUGAUCAUAA